ACAAUUCUCACACACAUAUAAGUGCACAUAAAUUACGAAUUAACAUGUGUAAUAAAAUGCUUACGUUGACAACUGACACAUAACAACAUAUACAUUCUGACAUUGUUUAUAUUUUAUCGCACACGUGUGCACGUGAUGAAGAUGAAAGUAUCAGUGAGAUAAAAAAACAUUAUGCAAAUAAAGACUCACCAAACCCAUCAAAAAUUUCAAGCUCCAACAAAUUAAGUAAGGUUAUAAUUUUAUUUCUACAAUACUAAACAAACAAGUAACAAUGUCACGUGAUAACAAAAAAUCAAAUGUACUAUUACCGGUACUUGUUACCGCAUUUGCAAUCCCUCUGUCAAUGUUAUUUUGGAUAAUAAAUGUCAUAUAUUCUAUUUUAUCACCCAGGGAGAAUCAGACUGAAGACCAGGUAGUAAUUUCACCAUGGAGAUGGUUAGCAGCGAUAGUGAUCCCGAUUCUAUUUUCCCUCUGGGGUCUAAAAAGACGUAGCCUAGACCUGAGCGGCGCUAUGCUAGGUCUGGUUGUCGGGUUUGUUUUGACGAUAACAAACUACACGCAUUUGGCGGACCUCAUGUGCUUUUUUAUAACUUCCUCUUUGGCAACCAAGUUCAGGAUGAAUGAAAAGAGGAAGCUGGAGGUUGACUUUAAGGAAGGAGGCCAGAGAAACUGGAUCCAGGUUUUAUGCAAUGGCGGCAUGGCUUUGCAGCUGGCAUUGCUUUAUUUGUUAGAUGUUGGGUGUGGAGAGAGAGCUCUUGAUUUUGAUAAAGACUACCGGAGUUCUUGGUUGUCUAUUGGUAUUCUAGGAGCAUUUUCAUGUUGCAAUGGAGAUACCUGGGCAUCUGAAUUUGGAACGGCAAUCGGUAACUCGGACCCGUUUUUAAUUACAACCCGAAAAAAAGUUCCAAGAGGUACAAAUGGCGGAGUUUCAUUGGUCGGCUUAUUAAUGUCAUUACUGGGCGGAUUACUCGUAGGUGUAUUUCAUUAUUUAGCGGUACUGUACACAGUAGACUCAGUUGUACUUGAAAACUCAGCCCCCCAAUGGCCAAUUAUUGUAAUAGCCGGCCUCGGAGGUUUACUCGGCAGCAUUUUAGACUCUAUUUUCGGCGCUACGCUCCAGUAUUCCGGAAUUAACGAAGAGGGAAAAAUUGUCGAGCGACCUGGCAAAGGGGUGAAGCAUAUUUGUGGAAGACAAAUUUUGGAUAACCACAGCGUCAAUCUUUUGUCUAGCAUCGCGAUAGCUCUAACGCUUCCGCGGAUCGCUAAUUUUAUUUGGCCGUUUAUAAAAUAAUCAAAAUAAAUUUUAUAAAGUUACAGAUUGAUAUUAAAAUUUAAUACUCUAUUUAUUCUACUAAAAAGAAAAGAGACUAAAAUUUUGCUGUAUAUAUUUUUACAAUAAAAAACUUAUUAAUUAAUUAA